AAUGUAAGGAAAAGCAAAAAAAGGAUAACGGAAAGCAAAAGCAGGUCAUUCAUUCCGUUAAGAACUUAGUGAAAAGUAAAAGAAGGAUAUUAAAGAAGCUUUUGACUUAUUUGAUGUAGAUGGAUCAGGUUGUUAUAAUUAUUUUAUUCCUUUUAGGUACUAUUGAUGAGAAAGAAUUAAAAGUUGCACUAAGAGCUUUAGGCUUUGAACCUGGCAAAGAAGAAAUUUAAAACCUUAAAUAAAACCUCAAUAAUAACAAUGAUUCAAAGGAAAAUAAAAAUACUAUUGAUUUUAAUGAGUUUCUUUAAAUUAUGACAGAGAAAAUGGUAUACAUUAAAUUUUAAUCAAUCAACUUUAGAAUGCGAAGGAAUCUCAAGAAGAAAUAGAAAGAGCUUUUCAUUUAUUUUCUUAGGGUAAUGAUAAUUUCAUUACUUUUGAAAAUUUAAAAAAAGUAGCUCUAGAAUUAGGAGAGACAAUGUCAGAUGAUGAAUUAAAAUUAAUGAUUUAAGAAGCAAAUAGCAAAAAUCCAAGGUAGAAAUAUAUAUAAAUAGUGAUAUUAGUUAAGGAUAUGUGACUAAGGAUUAAUUUUACGAUGUAUUAUCUAGAGCAACUAAUUAAUGA